AUGAACCCUGGAUUAAAUAUGACAUAUCUAAUUCUUGGUGGACAUGUGGAAGUGCAGAAAUACAGAUAUCUCUAUUUUAUGAUACUGUUCACAGCAUAUAUUCUAAUAAUUUGCUGUAAUACCUCUAUCAUAUACCUCAUUGUUAUUCAUAAAAGCUUGCAUGAGCCCAUGUAUAUUUUCAUUGCAGCUUUGUUAUUAAAUUCCCUUUUUUUCAGCACUAAUAUUUAUCCAAAGCUUUUGGCUGAUUUCUUAUCUGAAAAACAGAUCAUAUCUUAUCAAGUCUGUCUCUUUCAAGUUUUUAUAUUUUACUCUUUAAGCUGCUCAGAGUUCUUAUUGUUGUCAGCCAUGGCCUAUGACAGAUAUGUGUCUAUAUGUAAACCUCUGCAAUAUCCAACAAAAAUGAGAAAAAUAACUGUCGUUUUUCUGCUUGUAUUAGCUUGGCUUUUGCCUGCUUGUCAAGUUGCAGUUGUGAUCAUACUAAAUAUUAAUAACAAACUCUGUAACUUUACUUUGAAAGGCAUUUUUUGUAAUAAUUCACUCAUCCAGCUUUACUGUGUGAUGUCAAGAGCUCUCUCUGUAUAUGGUGCAUUUGUUUUAUUGAAUACCGGACUUCUUCCAAUGCUAUUCAUAAUUUUUACAUACACCAAGAUAAUUUUAACUGUUUAUCGGAGCUCUGGAGAAGUCAAGAAAAAAGCUGCACAGACCUGUUUACCACACCUGUUUGUUUUAAUCAACUAUUCCUGUUUGAUAACUUAUGACAUGAUUAUAGCUAGACUGGAAUCAGAUUUUUCUAAAACUGCGCGUUUUUUAAUGACACUCCAAAUAAUAACAUAUAAUCCUCUCUUCAAUCCAAUUAUUUAUGGACUAAAGAUGAAAGAAAUUUCUAAACAUCUCCAAAGGAACCUACUCAGUCCGGUCAAGCCAGGGGAUCGUUCUUAUGCUGAGUUGGUGGGAUUGUUGAACAAUCAUUUUCACCCUAAGCUGAGUGAAAUUGUGCAGCGGUGGAAGUUUAACACAUGGAAUAGAAGGCCGGAGGAAAGUGUGGGCGAUUAUGUAGCGGAGCUGAGGAAGCUCGCACAGGACUGUAACUUUGGAGACUCCCUGACGGUGAUGCUACAGGAUCAUUUAGUAUGUGGAAUAAGCGAUGACAGAAUACAGCGCAGAUUGUUAGCAGAGGAUUCGCUAACAUUUGAAAAGGCGCAGAAGAUUGCUCAAGCAAUGGAGGCUGCUAACAGAGACAUUGUGGAUUUGAAAAGCAUGACGGAACAGUCGCGAUUCACUAAAGGAUUAGGAGCGGUGAGCAAGAUGGAGGACGGUGGCUCGACGUCACAACAGGUUGUCAGGAAGUGCUACAGAUGUGGAGGGCUAAAUCAUGUGGCCAAGGACUGCAGGUUUGUUUCAGAAAAAUGCCACAACUGUGGAAAGGUGGGACACAUAAAAAGGGUCUGCCGAAUGAAAAUGGAACAAAAAGGAGGGCGUGGCAGACAAGGUAAACAAGCCCAUUUCUUGGAAGAGGAGAAUGUGGAGAGUGAGGAAGAAGGAGCUGAAAUGCACCACAUAAAGGCAAGUGUGACUAUGUAUAAUGUGCAUGAGGAGAUUAGCAUCCCAAGGGAAGAACCCAUCAGACAGAAGCUAAAAGUAAAAGGACAGAAUGUGACAUUUGAAGUAGACAUAGGCUGUGGUUACACUAUCAUGUCGAAGGAGUCAUUUAAAAAACUUUUUGAAGGCAGUAAUGCGCCCAAAGUAAGCAAGUGUGGAAUCAAACUGAGAACGUAUGGAGGCCACAAGAUAGAAGGCAGAGAUGAUGCCUUACAGCGGAUACUGGCCAGACAUGAAACAGUGUUUAAGGAUGAGUUGGGAAGGCUGAAGGGGUUUGCAGCAAAGAUACAUGUAGCCAGAGAUGCCAAACCGUGCUUCUAUAAGCCCCGAUCAGUUCCGUUUGCCAUGAAAAAGAAAGUGGAGCAGGAACUGGAGAGACUGUUGGAGGAGAAGAUCAUCCAACCAGUGAAAUUCUCAGAGAGGGCCACACCCAUUUUACCCAGACUCCAGCGCCAGAAUUUGUGGUGA